AGGAAGCAAAGAGAAACUGACCGGAGAGCAUCUCUCGAUUUUACGGACCGACAAGGAUAAUUUUACUGCGACAGACGAUAAGAAUCUCCAGUGCCAAGGCAACAAGGCCGGAACGGAAUCCAGUGAGCUGCUUGCGGCAGGUUAUAUUGGCGGCGCAUACAAUACACGGCCAACGUCAGAGCGCGGGGCCGAGCCGAGCGAGCGGGCGAUCGUCGUCAACAUGGCGGACGGCGACUUGCUCGUCACUAUUUCGGGCGCGGCGCUUUCGCUGCUGUUCUACGAAAAUGUGCGCAGCGUCGGCGAGCAGAUGGGCUUUCUCCUUGGGGAGGCGCUCGAAUUCAUCGUCAAGACCUACACCGACUCCGACAAUCAAGUGGAGACCGUCAAGCUUCACAUCAACGUGGAAACCAUUGUGACGUGUCCUCUGAUCGAUCUUUUGCACGACUCCACCGGUCGGAUUAACAAGGAGAAACUGAAGGAUUUUGUGCGUGACAAGAGCAAGCAGGUGAUUGGUUGGUUCCGCUUCCGUAGAAACACCAGUAGCUUGAUCCCAACAAUGAGGGACAAGGUACUGCAUAAGCAGUUUGCCUCGCAUUUCUCCGGUGGAAACGCCUCCAUGGAAGAGUUCUUUCUCACCUGUCUUCUCAACGCCUCCACCUCCGAAACACGCGGCACUCACAAGUUUCGACAUGUGUUCCUAAGGCAUAAGCGAGGGGUAUUUGAGCCGGUUCCUCUGAGAAUAAACAAUCUGGGUGAUGAUGCAUCUAGACACGACGGCUCAGAUUAUAAGCCAACACCUGUUAGAAAGUCUGCAUGCUUACCUGAUGGUUUCACCGAAUUGAUAGCAUCUUUAAAACUGGACAUGACGAGGAAAAGUGGAUUAGAUUCCGCUAUGGUGAUCCAAAAGGCCGCCGAACGGCAUCUGACGUCACUGAUCCCGAAAGUAUGCGAGUCCGAUCUGGAAGUGGCCGAAUUGGAGAGGCAAGUGCGCGAACUGAAAGACAAGAUCGCAGCGCAGCGAUUAACCAGGAAAACGAAGGUGAACGGUGAGAGCUACGAGAGGACCUCUAAAGCAAACAGGGAGAAUUGCUGUUCAGAGAAAAUCGAUUCCUCGACGAAAGACGAGGCGAUGAAAAUCGGCGAUGACAUGCGUCUUCAUAGGGAACACAUCCCGUCCUGCGCCCAGCCAGUUAUUUCUAAUAACUGGAUACCGAGUCGCAAUACAGCCGCCAGCAUCGCUAAGAGCGUCGUAAAUCAGGAAAAAAAUCGCCGCUCGGGACGCGGCAAUCUGCAGGAAGAUAGCAAUCAACAGCAAGAUACUUGCGCACAACCAACGCAAAAUUCCGUCAAUAGCAGGCGUUCGUUCAUUCCGGAAAUUACCACCGAGUCAAUCUGUCAGGAAGGUAGCGAAGCAGGCAUGGGUAGAGGUAGAGGAAGCAUUCGAGGUAAUCCCGAAUUGUCGGGAAUGAAGAAACGUCGUAAUCCAAGCACAUCCCAGGUGCAUUCCUCCCAAGAAAGAAGUAUUACUCCGGAACAGGAUUUCUCUGACGCCGAUUGUCCUCCUUCUCCUGCUGCCGUACCCCUUAGCUCCUCUGUUCUCAGGUCUUACAGCCAAGUAGCAAAAAAGACAGGUCUGGACAAA